AUGUGGCUGCUUUGGACCUUCGUUCUGCUACUGGGGUCUGCCCUAUAUAAAGUCGGCAGUAGCAUCCUCGCGACCGCGGACUUGUAUCGUGUUGCGAAGAAGACGGGUCUACCAAUUGUCAUCAGCCCUGUAGACACACGAAGCGCCUUCUGGCUCAUAACUCAGAAGUACAUUGCCCCCAUCAUCCGUGGAGCACCGUUUGGGCUGGGAUCCUGGGCCGGCUUCACGACAAGAGGCUGGCUCUGGGAAGGCCAUGAGAAGAUGCACCAGAAGCUUGGAAAGGUCUGGGUACAGGUCUCGCCGAAAAGGCUGGACGUGUACACUGCAGAUGUCGAUAUGAUCAACCAAGUCUACGCCAGGAGGAAGGAGUUCGAAAGGGAUCCGGAAGUCAAAAAAUAUAUACCGAAUCUACUCCAGGGGAGCGUCUCGUCCGUCACUGGAGCGGAUUGGCAGCGCCACCGCCGUAUCACCGUGCCCCCCUUCAAUGAACAGAACAUGGGUCUUGUAUGGGCAGAGUCACUACGACAAGCUGCCGCAUUAUGCGAGUGGUGGACAGGCCAUGCGCAAGGAUUCAACACAUCUUGUGUAGACACAAUGACCGUGGCUUUGAACGUGUUGGCUACUGCUGGGCUUGGCCAGUCGUGGCGAUUCACACCUGCAACAUCGCAGCAUGGCAAACGUCCAGAUUCAUCGGGGGAUUACUCGGCAGACUAUCGUGACACGAUGGCUAUUCUUCUAUCCGACAUGCGCAUCUUGUCACUGAUGCCGAACUGGCUAUACAGCCUCGAUCCGAUGUACGUGAGGCUACUGCCAAUUCCAAGAGCUUUUCGCGAACAUCUUAUCGCAGCGAAGCAUUUCAAAAUGCUCAUGCGGCAGAUGGUUGAAGAGAGAAGGGCGGACUUCCGUGCCGGGAAGGUCAAGGACAAUAUCUUUCUGAACGCCAUGAUUGCGCAGUCCGAGGCUUCUGCCGUUGAAAAGGGCCUCGGACUAACGGAAACCGAAAUUUUCGGAAACAUGUUUGGUUAUGGCGUCGCUGGACACGAGACCACAGCUCACACGUUGAACUAUACGCUACAUCUUUUGGCCGCAUAUCCCGAAUGGCAAGAAUGGAUUCAGUCAGAGGUGGACCAGGUGUAUCAAGAAAUACCUGUUGAUACAGAAAGGAUCGACUACGCUGAGUACUUUCCGCGCCUUAAUCGUUGUUUGGCCCUCAUGCACGAGGUCCUUCGUCUUUAUCCUCCAGUCCUGGAACACAACAAACAGAGCCUUGGGUCGCAGGGUCAUGAUUUGCGCAUCGACGGCCGAGAGGUUCAUUUCCCCCCCGACACGGUCGUCCACUUAAACGUCAUUGGCUGCCACUUGAUGUCCGACUACUGGGGUCCGGAUUACCGCGAGUUCAAGCCUUCUCGAUGGAUCAAAAACGACCAGGCUUCCUCGGAGGUGUUCUGUCAGCCGACAGACGAUAAAGGAGCAUUCUUCCCGUGGUCAUCUGGUGCCCGCAACUGUCCAGGUAAAAAGUUCUCCCAAGUCGAGUAUGUUGCUAUCAUGUCAUACGUACUCCGGUAUCAGCGAGUCGAAGCGAUUCCCCUGGAAGGCGAGAUGCCAGAGGCUACUCGUGCAAGGGUCUGGGAAAACACGAAGGACAGUGAGCCGGAGGUAACGAUGAAUAUGCGCAAUCCCGAAAAAGUACGCCUUAGAUUGGUUAGUCGCGCCGUUGCGCCGGUAGUUUAG